UGCCAGUGCCUGGGAGAUCGCUGAGCUCCUCGGAGGCGGUAGUGGCAGGCGGGCAUCGCCGUGUCUGUGCUCCCUACUUGCGUGUGUGGCUGAGGCAGGCUGCGGGGACGCGGCGGCGCUCGGCGCUGAGUGCGAGAGGCGCGGAGUGGGGGAGAAACUCGGUCCUGGGCGGUGCGCUGGGAGCUGAGUCUGUCUCCCUGCCCGCAGCAGGAGGUCCUGGGUAGGGGCGGCCCCAGGUAGGGGGAGCUGGGCGGCGAGGAGGAGCAGCCUCCGGCGUUGGAAAACUCUUCGCUGCCGGCGUCUGCCCCCUCCGGCUCCGCGGGCGGCUGUACCGGGACGCGCGGAUCCCCCGGCAGCAUGAACAUCCUGCUGGAGCUCUUCGUGGUGACCUUCCGAGUGCUCUGGGCUUUCGUGCUGGCCGCGGCCAAGUGGCUGGUACGGCCCAAGGAGAAGAGUGUGGCGGGGCAGGUGUGCCUGAUCACCGGGGCGGGCAGCGGCCUGGGCCGCCUCUUCGCGCUGGAGUUUGCCCGGCGCCGGGCGCUGCUGGUGCUCUGGGACAUCAACACGCAGAGCAACGAGGAGACGGCGGGCAUGGUGCGACACAUCUACCGGGAGAUGGCUGAGGCGGCCGCCGCCGCUUCCAGGGUAGCUGGAGAUGGAGAAAAAGAUGUGCUGCCCCACUGCAACUUGCAGGUUUACACAUACACCUGUGAUGUGGGCAAGAGGGAAAAUGUCUACUCGACAGCUGAGAGGGUCCGCAAGGAGGUUGGUGAGGUCUCCGUCCUGGUUAACAAUGCUGGCGUGGUCUCCGGGCACCAUCUUCUGGAGUGUCCUGAUGAGCUUAUUGAGAGGACCAUGAUGGUCAACUGCCAUGCACACUUCUGGACCACUAAAGCAUUCCUUCCCAAGAUGCUGGAAAUGAAUCAUGGACACAUUGUGACAGUGGCAAGUUCCUUGGGAUUGUUCAGCACUGCAGGAGUGGAGGAUUAUUGCGCCAGCAAAUUUGGAGCUGUGGGUUUCCAUGAGUCUUUGAGUCAUGAAUUGAAGGCUGCUGAAAAGGAUGGAAUCAAAACAACUUUAGUCUGCCCUUAUCUUGUAGAUACAGGAAUGUUUAGAGGAUGUAGGAUCAGAAAAGAAAUUGAGCCUUUCCUUCCACCCUUGAAACCAGAGUACUGUGUGAAGCAGGCCAUGAGAGCUAUCCUUACGGACCAGCCAAUGAUCUGCACACCUCGCCUCAUGUACAUGGUCACCUUCAUGAAAAGUAUCCUGCCCUUUGAAGCAGUGGUGUGCAUGUACCGAUUCCUGGGAGCAGACAAGUGUAUGUACCCUUUCAUUGCUCAAAGGAAACAGGCUACAAACAACAACGAAGCAAAAAAUGGGAUUUGACACUACUUUGGAUGGACUAAGAUGUGAUGGUGAAUAUGAUAAUGUUACAUGACUGAAUGGUGAAGUGCACUUGCAUCUAACAGAUGCAAAUGGCAACAUCUUACUGUGGCAUUCUCUUGGGUCCUAAACCUGUGUAUUGAACUCUACGAAAGUCAAUGAUUCUUUUUUAUAUACUGUAAAUAAAACUGACUAGAGUACUUGGAAAAUGUGCUAGGUAAGCAAAGUGAAUUUAUGAUGUAGCUGCCACUAUUGUCCUUUAGAAUAUCACUGUAUGUACAGGAAAGCAGUCAUGCUACUUCUUGUAGAGGUGCACUGUGUGAGAUCUCUUCCUCAGCCUGCCAAGGCCUGUCUUAGAGCCCUCUCCAGCUCCACAGCCCAGUGUUUCAGAAGUCGUUUGUCUUUCCCUCUUGUUUGGGAAGGGGGAGGGAAAUCUUGAUUCUUCAGCUACUGCUCAUGACCUUUUAGCAAAUUCAAGUUGCUGAAUGCAUCUCUUCACUUAUUCACCCAAGGUCUCUGAAGGACACAUGGCCAAAUUGUGAUGUCACUCUCUUGUAGCCACUGUGUGUUCUAUUUCAACAAAGAUGAAAAGAAACUUGUAAGUCUCUGCUGAUUCAAAGGCCAGUGAAUGUCUCAGAUGUGCUCAGAGCAAACUAGUGCUGGGCCUCUGCUUUUCUAACAAUGCAGUCAAUGAUUUAAACUGAAAUCUCUUUUUCAAGUCACUUCAUUUGAAAUACUCUUUCUGUUUCCUUCUGUGUGUCAGAGUCCAAUCUGCACUUACAAGCUGUAUGUUUCUCCUCCUACUUAGUCUUUCUUCUGAUGGAGUUCUCCCACUCCCCCAGGGAAGCUGUUAUAUUUCAUUUCUAUAACUGGACUUGUGCCUAAAAGACAAAGCAACUCAGCUGAGAUACAAACUGUUUAUGUAAGUGCUGGUCAAAUGCCAAUUAUUAGCAAAGGAAAAAUAGGAUAAUGCCUGAUGCAACUCUACAUGCAGAAUAAAGAGUGUGAAGGUUCUCUUUUUGAAGUUGUACUCUUGCUGUUCUACAACAUAUGUCAUUUUUACAGUAUUUGUUUUGUAAAGCAAACAAUUUUGUGCCUUGAAUUUGGUAAUCUGUAGUAGUGAAGCAUUGUAAAAGUGAACUUCUACCUCUGUAUCUUAAUGUAUACCAUCCACUUGUAAACUACUAUGGGAUAAAUUGUGAUUACUUUUAUAGAAUGUCUUGUUAAAUAGUGACCAGUGCCUGUGGUUAUUAAAGUGAGCCACCUUUUCCUUAAA